AUGCUCGCGCUCGUUACGACUGCCGCCGUUGUACUCGGGGUGAUCCUCCUCAAAACGCCGAAGAGCGCGCCGGCUUCUUCGGCUGAUGGCAGUGGCUCGCCGAGUCCGACCGGUACAGACGUGACGCCGACGGCUACGGGCGACACGGCGUCGCCAACAGCCACCGAGACCGGGACGACGCCGCCUUCGACCGCAGUUCCAGCAUCUGGUUUCCUCGGUUCCCUCGCCGCCUCUUACACUGUCACUCCUGCCGCAGUACGGACACUCGCCAUGCCGUCCUCAGCGAUACCCUCUCCUUCGGCCGCCGUCAGCUACAUCGACUCUUCGUGGACGCGCAACAAGGGCGGAUCGGCAGAGACGCUGUCGUUCGUCGACGAUCCGCUCGACGCAGGAGGAGGACCGGUCCUCCAGGUCGUGUACAAGAAGGGAAGCUACAGCGGUGGAGGAGUCGGCGGGAUCGGGAACUGGCAGUUUCCCGUCUUUGGCGAGAAGAAGAACAGGGCGGUCCUCAGUUACGAGGUCGGCUUCAGCAAGGACUUCGACUUUGUCAAGGGCGGCAAGGCUCGCUUGUUCGGCGGCGACACGAGCUCGGGUUGUACGGGCGGGCGAGCGAGCACGAAUUGUUUUUCGCUACGACUCAUGUGGCGAGACAAGGGCGCUGGAGAAGUCUACGCCUACAUCCCGACAUACUCCGGUUUCUGCGGCACGAGUGCUAGUCCGACGAGCGUCUUCUGCCACCAAGACGAUUAUGGAGCGAGCAUCGACCGCGGAGCGUUCUCCUUCGCAGCUGGCAGCUGGACCACCGUCACCCAGGUCGCCAUCCUCAACUCGGCGCCGGACAAAGCCAACGGCAUUCUCGAACUCUACGUCGGCGAGAAAGCCGUCAUCCAGCUCAACAACGUCAUCUUCCGCACCAACACCUCGGUUUUCAUCAACGCUCUGACGUUCUCGAGUGCGUGGUGCCACAUUCUUGACUCUAUGUGA